AUGAUGCGAACGAUUGAAGAUGGACUGGUUCACUUCACGGUGGAGGUUAUGAGCGCCAGGCUGUCGGCUAACGUCCACGGCGUCCUUGGUCAAACUUACCGCCCGGACUUCGCCGGCCGAUUGGAGAAGCAGGCCUUGGUGUACAGCAAGCUCUUUAACGCGUACGUGGUGCCUGGUGACAACGCCGACGGUUUCAUUGACGGCACUGUAGACGACUACCAAGUCUCGUCGCUGCUCCACUCCGACUGCAGCCUCUGCCGGUUUAUCCGCGCGCGCUCAUUGGACGACGAAACAGCGCGGGCAGUUGAACUCAGCACCACUGUAGCCUCUUCGUUUACUGCUUUAGGCAGACGAGCUGCCAAUUAG